AUGGCUACCAGCGACAUUCACAAGGUGGCACCUUCCACCUCUUCGUCUGUCUCUUGGAAGGGUCCUUUCCAACUUCCGACUUUGAACACACUUGGCUCUCGUAUUCCUCCCGACAUCGUCCCGACCGAUGUCGCACAGCACUGGUUCACUAAAUUCAAAGAUGCCAUGCAGUCCCAACCUCGAGCCGUUUCUCGUCUUUUCCUCCACGACGCUUUCUGGAGAGAUCUGCUCGCGCUGUCUUGGGAUUUCCGUACCAUACAGAACUCGUCUAACAUCGACCACUUCCUCGGCAACCAUCUGUCUCGCGCUUCUUGGCAAUCGCUGGCUCUUUGCGACGAUGAUCUUCGUACUCCAGCUCUGCGCCAGCCGUUCCCCGAUCUGGCGUUUGUCCAGCUCUUCUUCCAAUUCGAGACUGCAGUAGGGACGGGGAUUGGGACGUGUCGCUUGGUCCCUACCGCUGAUGGCGACUGGAAGGCCUACACGAUGUUCACUAGUCUGACUUCUCUGAAGGGAUUCCCAGAAAAGGUUGGCUCUCUGCGUGAUACCGCAAUGUAUCAAGGGACUUGGGAAGAGAUGCGUCGCGCGGAGACCGAUUUCGCCGAUGGUCAUCCUAGCGUCGUCAUCAUUGGGGGUGGUCACACUGGAUUGGAGGUCGCAGCACGCCUGAAGAGCAUCGGCGUUUCAGCGCUGGUGAUAGAGCAGAAUGCCCGUGUAGGCGACAACUGGCGCCAUAGGUACAAGAGUCUGUGUCUGCACGAUCCAGUGUGGUACGAUCAGAUGCCGUAUAUGCCUUUCCCUUCAACUUGGCCAGUCUAUGCUCCUGCCGCCAAGUUGGGCAAUUGGCUCGAGAAUUACGCUGAAUCGCUCGAGCUCAAUGUGUGGACGUCUUCUCGCGUGAACAGUGCUGAGUGGGAUGCCGAGCGCAAGUCUUGGACCAUCACGGUGCAGCGACACGGUUCCGCACGACACCUUAAAGUCAACCAUCUUAUAUUUGCUAGCGGUCUGGGCGGCGGAACACCCAAUAUACCUGUCGUUCCCAGCGAGGAGCGGUUUGGCGGUGAAGUAGUACACUCGUCCAAGUUCACCUCCGCAGAGAACUACAAAGGUCGUAAGGUCGUCAUCAUCGGAGCGUGCAAUUCAGCAAACGAUAUUGCACGCGAUUGCGUGCAACACGAGGUUGAUGUCACGAUGUUCCAGCGGUCCUCCACAUUCGUCAUCUCUGCCAAGGCUGUCAGUGCUAUGCUGAGUGGCCUGUAUUCCGAAAACAAUCCGACUGACUAUGCCGACCAUCUGAACGCGUCAUUCCCUCUGGCUGUGAGCCGCCAACUUCAUCAGCGUGUAUUUCCGUACCUUGCUGCGACCGUUGACAAGGACAUAUUGGAAGGGUUAAAACGUGUGGGGUUUGCCACGAACUUGGGUCCUGAUAAUGCGGGAAUGCUUGUCCUGUUGUAUAGCCGCGGCGGCGGAUAUUAUGUCGAGACUGGAGCCGCUCAGGACAUUAUUGAUGGCAAGAUCAAACUUAAGAGUGGCGGCUCCCUUGAGAGCUUUACAGAGACUGGCUUACGUUUCAGCGAUGGGUCCCAGCUGGCUGCAGACGUUGUGAUCUUUGCCACAGGAUUCGGUGACCCGCGUGACACGGUGAAAGACGUGUGCGGACCGGAAGUGCGCGAUUCCCUGAAGCCCGUGUGGGGGCUCGACGAUGAAGGCGAGUUGCGCUCGGUGUGGCGCGAGUCGGGCCACGACGGACUAUGGUUCGCGUUCGGAAAUUUGUCCCUGUCGCGGUACUACAGCACUUUUCUUGCGAUGCAAAUCAAAGCUCGGGAGGAGGGUCUGAUACCAGCUUGA